CACUUUUCUUCCGUCUGCCCCUCGCUUACUUUUCUCCUCCUCUUCCUUUUCCCUUCUUUCUUCUUAUUUGGUCUCGUUCUCCCUCGAUAUCCUUUCUUCUUCGACUCCUCUUCCAUCCAUCUCCUACAGAUCCCACCUGCCCUUCUCCCUCCGAACCCUAUUCAUCAAUUGAAACCGCCCGCCAUGUCGACGUGGGGUGAUUACUUCCGGGUCACCACUUAUGGUGAAUCGCACUGCCGCUCUGUCGGCUGCAUCGUCGAUGGCUGCCCCCCAGGAAUGGAACUCACCGAGGACGACAUCCAGCCCCAGAUGACCCGCAGACGCCCCGGUCAGAGUGCUCUGACGACGCCUCGUAAUGAGAAGGACCGCGUUGAAAUCCAGUCCGGAACGGAGUUUGGAGUUACCCUGGGAACUCCGAUUGGCAUGAUGGUGCGCAACGAGGACCAGAGACCCAAGGACUACGGCAACAGCACCAUGGACCUGUACCCCCGCCCCAGUCACGCCGACUUGACCUAUCUGGAGAAGUACGGCGUCAAGGCCAGCAGCGGUGGUGGUCGCAGUAGUGCCCGUGAGACCAUUGGCCGUGUGGCUGCCGGUGCCAUCGCCGAAAAGUACCUGCGCCUCUCGCACGGCGUCGAGAUUGUCGCUUUCGUCUCCUCUGUUGGCAACGAACACCUGUUCCCUCCUACUCCCGAGCACCCUACUGCCUCCACCAACCCUGAAUACCUCAACCUCCUCAAGACCAUCACCCGCACUACCGUCGACGAGUUCGCGCCCACCCGCUGCCCCAACGCCGAUGCCGCCGCGCGCAUGACCAAGGUGAUCGAGCAGUUCCGCGACAACCACGACAGCAUCGGCGGUACCGUCACCUGCGUUAUCCGCAACGUCCCCGUCGGUCUGGGUGAGCCCUGCUUCGACAAGCUCGAGGCCAAGCUCGCCCACGCCAUGCUCAGCAUCCCCGCCACCAAGGGCUUCGAGAUCGGCUCCGGUUUCGGCGGCUGCGAGGUCCCCGGCUCUAUCCACAACGACCCCUUCAUCGUCUCCGAUGUCCCGACCCAACUCGGCCCCAACACCACCACCAAGCAGCGCCUCACCACCAAGACCAACAACUCCGGUGGUAUCCAGGGCGGUAUCUCCAACGGCGCCGACAUCUACUUCCGCAUCGCCUUCAAGCCCCCGGCCACCAUUGGCCAGGCCCAGAACACCGCCACCUACGACUUCGGUGAGGGUAUUCUCGAAGCCAAGGGCCGCCACGACCCCUGCGUCACUCCCCGCGCCGUCCCCAUUGUCGAGGCCAUGUCCGCGCUGGUCGUCAUGGACGCCCUGAUGGCUCAGUACUCCCGCGAAAGCGCCAAGUCUCUCCUGCCCCCGUUGCCCAAGACCCUGCCCACUCGUCCCACUCUCGGCACCAACGGCCACAGCGCAUAAGUAGGAAGUGGUUUGAUUUAUUCCUUUUCUUUGGGUUCGGGGUCUCCAAAAUAAAAUAUCACGAUUGGCUCUUUGGGGAUCGGUCUACGCAUGCGGGGUUUUCUAUCUUUUAGAAUGCAGUGACGUACGUCAUGUUCAGCUGAUGUUGAUGUCUCAAGUCAGAAACUCAACUUAAUGACUUUUUCCUUCUUUUUCUGUUU